UCGUCCUAACGGUACAUGGGGCUUUUAUUUUGAAAAACGCUACGAGAAGUAGUUUUACUGUAGCAGCCUUGACGCAGGUCCGUCUGCAGCAUCACAACAUUGUACAGCCGCUUUGUUCGAGGGUCGGAAAGCAUCGCACUUGUCUUCGAUGAAGUGUGUAUGAAACCGGGCAAUGUCCACCAUGGUGUAUCCACGUGAAGAAGCCUUGGAGCGACUGAGCCAAGAUGAGAUCGUCCUUAACACUAAGGCCGUCAUGCAGGGUCUGGAGACCCUGCGUGGCGAGCACGCCCAGCUCCUCAACUCACUGCUGGACUGCACCCAGCCACCCGUCGCCCAGGAGAAGUCUGGACUGCUCCGCAAGAGUCUUGAAGCCAUCGAGCUGGGCCUGGGAGAGGCACAGGUGAUCAUCGCCCUGUCAAGCCACCUGAGCGCUGUGGAGUCGGAGAAGCAGAAGCUGCGCGCUCAGGUGCGUCGGCUCUGCCAGGAGAACCAGUGGCUGCGGGACGAGCUGGCUGGAACACAGCACAAGCUGCAUCACAGCGAGCAGAGCGUCGCCCAGCUAGAGGAGGAGAAGAAGCACCUGGAAUUCAUGAACCAGAUCAAGAAAUUUGACGAUGACGUCUCGCCCUCGGAGGAGAAGAGUCAGAGCUCUGCCGGCAGUGGAGGUGCUGGAGGUGGAGGAGACGCUUCAAAGGACAGUCUGGAUGACCUUUUCCCCAAUGACGAUGACCAGGGACCAGCUCAGCCCAGUGGGGAGGUGGCAGCCCAGCAGGGAGGCUAUGAGAUCCCAGCCCGGCUCAGGACGCUGCACAACCUGGUGAUCCAGUACGCCUCUCAGGGGAGGUAUGAGGUGGCUGUGCCACUGUGCAAACAAGCCCUGGAAGACCUGGAGAAGACAUCUGGACAUGACCACCCUGACGUGGCCACCAUGCUCAACAUCCUAGCCUUGGUGUACAGAGACCAGAACAAAUACAAAGAAGCUGCUCAUCUUCUGAAUGACGCCCUGGCCAUCAGAGAGAAGACGCUGGGGAAGGACCACCCAGCUGUGGCUGCAACCCUCAACAACCUGGCUGUACUGUAUGGCAAGAGGGGCAAGUACAAGGAGGCUGAACCACUUUGCAAGAGAGCGCUGGAGAUCAGAGAGAAGGUGCUGGGAAAAUACCAUCCAGAUGUAGCCAAACAGCUGAACAACUUGGCCCUGCUGUGUCAGAACCAGGGCAAGUACGAUGAGGUGGAGUACUACUACAGACGGGCCCUGGAGAUCUAUGAGUCUAAACUGGGAGCUGACGACCCCAACGUGGCCAAGACCAAAAAUAACCUGGCUACAUGCUACCUGAAGCAGGGGAAGUUCAAGGAUGCUGAGACCCUGUACAAAGAGAUCCUGACCAGAGCACAUGAGAAAGAGUUUGGAUCUGUCAAUAAUGAUAAUAAGCCAAUCUGGAUGCAUGCUGAGGAGAGAGAAGAGAGCAAGGGUAAACGUAAAGACUCUGGCCCAUAUGUGGAGUAUGGCAGUUGGUAUAAAGCCUGCAAAGUGGACAGUCCAACAGUGAACACAACCCUCAAAAGCUUGGGCUCGUUGUACCGUCGCCAGGGUAAACUGGAGGCAGCAGAAACACUGGAGGAGUGCGCAAGCAAGACACGCAAACAGGGUAUCGAUGCCAUUAACCAGAGUAAAGUGGUGGAGCUGCUGAAGGACGGAGCAGCUGGAGGGAGCGACAGGCGACACAGCAGGGAAGGAAUCAACGGACCAGGGGGACAGCGGGGGGAGAAUGAGGGUGACGACUCUGCUGAGUGGAAUGGGGAUGGUAACGGGUCCCUGCGUCGCAGUGGUUCCUUCGGGAAGAUUCGUGAUGCUCUGAGAAGGAGCAGCGAAAUGCUGGUGAAGAAACUGCAGGGGAGCGGACCUCAAGAACCCCGCAACCCAGGAAUGAAGAGAGCGAGCUCCCUCAACUUCCUCAACAAGAGCACUGAGGAAACCACACAGGAUGCCAACUCUGGACUGUCAGACUGCAGGGGACUAAGUGCGAGCAACGUGGACCUUUCUAGACGCAGCUCCCUGAUUGGCUAGACAGAGCGGCGAGCUGGAACUCAGGAGGCAUAAAGUGGCCCGACGAGGAGAGGCUGUUAGCAUCUCGGUUUGAUCAAACUACACACUUAAAGCUCAAAGCGAGAUCAAACACUUGCACCUGCAGCAUAUUUUCUAAAGAACACUAAAAAGAGCAUUACCAUACUAAACGUCAUCCUGUAAGACACAGUCGCUGCUGCUUCACUGUACAAAUCGCCACCAUCGAUCAGAACAGAGAAUAUUUAGAUACACAUUUAUGAGCAUGCUGCUUACUAGAAAGUGGAAUGUCUGCACCUGAACGCCUCGUGUUUUUGACCUAUAGCACCGUAGCAAAUCAUCGUAUUCACAUUGUGACAAGUCGGUUUCUUCAAUCUACACUCUCAUGUGCAGACACUCAACCUUAGGUAGGCUUAAUGUACUCCAGUUUCAGUUCAGAGAGACGCGUUGCACUUUGUAUAUUUCACCAGUAGCAUGAAGUAUUGGCUAAUGCUAACCAUCAAUUGAAUGCAUAUCACAGAUGGUUAAAAAAAAAAGGUACGAUAUGCUUAGAUUUUAACCGAGAGAAAAGAAGGGGAAUUAAAAGAGAAACAAGCAAUCUUACGGGGAUUUUCAACAAGAACGUUAGCACUAACCAUUUCAACCUCACUUUUUGCCUUCUUGUUUUUUUUUUUUUAUGUAUAUACAGUUUUAAAUUAUUUCAUUCUUUGUAUAUAGUGCAGAUUGAUUUCUGUUUUUGUUUACACUCUAUUGCGUUGAAGAGGGUCUUAGUGGGGAAAAAUACUGCUUAUGUGAAGUGCAGAGGCUGGAAAUGAAGGAAAGCAAGUGUGGGACUGUCAGAAGGAGAGAAAAGAAAGCGUUAAAUGGGCACUUAGCUCUUCGGGUCAAUGAAAACGUCAGAAAUGCUGAUAAAGUUAUUACCUCGAUCACUGAAAUGUGUUACCAAGCCAUCAAGGUUUCAGUCUAAACUAAAAUAGUGCACUUUGAGGGUGACAGUACUGUAUGUCUGGGUAAAAUCUUUGUAUCUACUGAGCAGACUGGGAUGGUAAUAUCUACUGGAUCCUGUAGUCGUCAGGCCUGGGGCAAAAACUGAAUUCUUUUUCAAAUGAACUUUCUUGCUUAAAAGAUAAAAAAGGUUCAGAAAGCUCAUUUGAACUUAAAUGUACAAAUGAACCUCAAUCAUUUCUAUAAAGCCCUUCUAAAUGCUACCUAAAACAUGACAUUUAAUCAAACACUGAAAUCCAAACUAAAGACAAACUUAAGAGUUGCAGGAUUUUACCAAACAUCCAUGAAUCUGAAUGAUGUUGAAGGAGAAUGAUGUUUAAGAAGUAUUUCAAAUUCAUUUGUUUACAAUCAUUCCAGGCAAUCAACCCUCAUUUAAGACUAUGGGUAACUAUCUUAAUUAUUUGUUCAAAGCUGAUGCAGUGCGUCGGCCACGAUAUAUUUACUUUGAUUAACAAUAUUUCUCUUGUGACUGUUUUUUUCCCGCACUUACCGUUGCUGAAUACGUAUCAUUUUGUACAAAACAAUCCUCAGUUUUUAAUGCUGACAUGGAUUUCAUCAGUCGUAAUCAAAUCUUUGCAGAAAUCCGACCGGUGACGAUCCAUCCUCGGUGAAUUUUGCUGUGCUGAUGCGUUUUCUUGUUUUGGCUCUGAGAUUUUAUGUUGACGGUACAGAAAACUGUUCAUUUGAAUGUUACUUUUAAUGUUGAUUGUGGGAUCUGGUGGCAUUUACACUGGAUUGUUGUGUUGUGCUGUUCGCAAGUCAGGAGACGAACUCCACCAAAAUAAGACCAAGGAAACUGUCUACCGAAUGUACACUUCUUGUUAUGUUAAGUCGAAAUCAGACUCAGCAAGUGACAUCAAAUCCUCAGAUUAGAUAGCCUUUUUUUGCUUUCUUUCAUUAUGUUUCUACAACUUGCUACCAAACCUUGUAAUGUAAGAAAGUCAAAAAAAAAGGUCAACACAACCUGAAUGUGAUUUCAAAAAUGUGAAGACGCAUUUUUAUUGCAAGGGCAUUUUGUCAACGUUGGUGCAUGCACACCAUCGCCACAUGCCCAAAUAAACUGAAGUCAGCUUUCUUGAAGUCACCUUUGAUGAAGUCACUCUGAGUCUAAAAAGUGCUUAUUAUCCUAUCAGCUUCUGAAUGUGCAAGGUGGUGCAGGUUAUGUAAUAAAGAAAGCAUGCAUAAAGGUGAGACGGAGUUAGAGUGUAGGAAGGAGACAAACGAAAGUAAAUGAAAGUGCUUUGGAAAGACACCGGGGAGGGAAAAGUGCUUUAAGUGGUGUUCGCAGCAAAUAAUGUACAGAAAUAUCUGUGUGACCUUUAUAUAUGUGUUCACUGUUUGUCACUUGUUCACAGAUGAUGACGGGAAAUUCCUUUAAUCACACACACAGAAUCUCAACACAAUGUAGCUGUAAAAACAAAAAAAUUUAGUGAAACACUAAUGUGUAGCUGAAGAUCCAAUAAACCUGCUCCUUUCCAGUAUACACCAUCAUACCAAUAUUAAUCAGUCCUCUACAGUAUUGAUCACUUAUUCAUCCUGGGUUGGUACAGUGUUAUGCUCUUCUGGAAGUAACUGGAAGUUCAGGAAUUGCAAACUCCAUCAGUAUAUGAACUCACUAUUUUGCUCUGUUGAGACUAAACGGUUGUAAAUAUUCAUCUUGGAUUAAUGUUGCAGGAAGAUUUUGAUCCAAAGCUUCAAAGAUAAAUCAGAUUAUUGUUUCUGUUCUGUGCUUUUUUUGUUCAAAUAUUCAUGGAGUUCAGUGCAUCUACUCGGAACCACGGAGGGGAAAUGUUGCAGAUAUGAGGGUCUUGUACAUGUGCGGGAACUCAUGCGUGCAAAUGCAGAUGAUUUAAUGGAUCUUAUUAUGACGGGGCCAACCUAAUGUGUAUUUUAUCAAAGGUUCAAUAAAUAGAAAUUCCACUUUUCAAAAGA